AUGCCAUUCUCCCACCACAGUCACUCGGGACAGUUCUGUCACCAUGCCAAGGACACCCUCGAGAGCAUGGUGAGAACCGCCAUCUCCCGCGGGAUGCGCGUGUUCGCCCUGACCGAGCACAUGCCGCGGGACCAAGUAGAAGAUCUCUACCCGGAGGAGGUCUCAGCGCAAGCAACCAACUUCGACCUAUUCCACACUUUCGCCGCGUACUACGAUGCGGCCAUCCUCCUGCGCGGGCAGUACCAGGCGCACAUCCAGCUUCUCGUCGGCUUCGAAGCCGAGUACAUACGGCCGUCAUCGAUCGACAUCGUGCGGGACCUGCAACCGAUCUACAAGUUCGACUUCUUCGUGGGGUCGGUGCACCACGUCAACACGAUCCCGAUCGACUUCGACCGGGCGACGUACGAGCGCGCGCUCGCCUCGUGCGGCGCCGGCGACAAGGAGGAGGUCCUGUUCGAGCAGUACUUUGAUCACCAGUACGAAAUGCUGACGCAGCUGCGCCCCGCCGUCGUCGGCCACUUCGAUCUCAUCCGGCUCAUGGCGAGGGAUCCGACAAGGGAAAUACGCAGCUAUGGCGACGCCGUAUGGAAAAAGGUGCUCAGGAACCUCGACUUUGUGAAAUCCUACAACGGCCUCCUGGAGAUCAAUUCCGCCAGCUUAAGGAAGGGCUGGGAGACGCCGUAUCCCGGCCCUGAUAUCUGCUCCGCUUUCAUGUCCUUCGACGGCCGCUUCACGCUCAGCGACGACGCGCAUUGCAACGAACAGGUCGGAUUGAAUUAUGAGCGGACGCUGGAUUAUAUGAAGCGAUUGGGCAUGACCGAGGUGCACUAUCUGGAACGAUUGCCGAUGGGGGAGAUGGCGGUCGAUGUGCUGGAUGCGUGUGCGGUUAGGAGGAUGUGCAUGGAGGACCUGGAGAAUGAGGUGUUUUGGUUGAGUUGA